CAGGCUGCAUAGGCGCACAAGCAGCGAGGAGACAGAGAGGCAGAGCAGCUUUGCACCACUUUUAGUGAGACUUAAUAUAAAAGCCACAUUUCAGGCUCCGCAGCAGCCGCUGGCUCACACAGUGAAGUCAAGGAUGAAAAACGUCUAAAUCUGAGGAGGAACUGGGUGAAAGUCGGGAUUUAACCGCGAAUCAAACGCGGAGGAGUGGGGGAAUAACGCAACUCGGGGUUAUUUAUUUUGAUAAUGCCGAGGACCCAGUUUAUGCUUCGGAUUGACGUUCAGAACAAGUCUGAAGCCAGAGGAUGACAGCAACCAGUCCCGUCUGCAGCCCCGUCUCCUCCCGCUCCACCCAGUCAUCACCCGUUUGCCUCCCAGCAUGCCAGAGACACCUGAGGAAAGGCACAGUCCUCCAAACCAAACUGCACCUGCGCUCUGCCCCAGGUGUGUGGCUAAUGCUGGGUGUAGCGGUGGUGUUGGUGGGGAUGGGUGUUGCGGUGGCGGGCUACAUAUCCGCAGCAAAAGCAAAAGCAAAGCCCGUGGCCGGCAGAGACACCACCCCCAUUGACAGGAUGAAACUGGCCGGGCCUGCGGUCAUGGGAGUGGGUUUGUUCAUCUUCAUCUGCGCCGCCACGCUGCUGUACGAGAACAGGGACCUUGAAAUCCGGGGACAGGGACGAGGGACACCUGACGACCUUGAGGAUCUGAAGGGAGGAAGCGGCUGGGAGGAUUCGCAGGAGCAGCCCAGCUUCAGCUGUCAGGAGCAGUGGGAGUGUAAAGACGAAGAGCAGGGAUGCUGGGCCACGCCGGCCCACACACUGCCCCUCUCGAACCAGAACUGUGGUCCUCCUCCUCGCAGGAGCAGGGACAACAUUAGCAGCGGACCAUCAUCGCCGCCGCCACCUUCAGAUGCUGGAGGUAGAGAUGACAAAGACAGAGAGAAGGAGGAGAAGGAGGAAAGGUCAACCCUGCUGGCCCAAGUUCUGCACCACCAGGAGCCAACUCCUCACCCUCCCUCCCCCUGCCCGUCCAUCUCUCACUGCUCCGUCUACUCAGACUCUUGCAACUCCAGUGAAAUCAACUUCAACGUACGGACAGGCUCUCCUCUGCCGCCUCAACACUGAACCCCCUGCCGGGUUCAACUUCUACUGUCUCAUAAAAUAUGCAUGAUGAGAUACAUUUGAACAUUUCACGUGCAGACACACUCUAAAGACAAGACUAUGCAUUCCUCAAUAAACAGAUGAAAUGUUUGUUGGUAUGUUUUAGUGCCUCCGAGUGGCGCAGUGGCUCUGACUCACUGUCUGUGAAGGGUGUUUUUGUCCUACAUCGUUCUCUGACUCACCCACAUUUGAAAGAUUGGAGCUAUGCUGUUUGAUGUCAACUCGCCAUCUUGUUGUUUUUGAACUUACCCGUGCCCAAAAUCCCAAAAGCCACUGCUUGUUUGACCAUAUUUGGACGUGAGGAGGAUUGCUGAAAACUUAUUUGGGGGCCAUACAGGGAGAUGGACACACUCACUCUCUCUCUCUCUCUGACACACACACACACACAUCCUCUUUACAGAGAUACAGCGUCUACAUUUCCUUGCUGGAGAGGUUUGGUUAAGAGGAUGAGCCAGAUUAGGUCUCAAAUGAGUCUUUAUCUAAUCUCACACAUACUGUAGUCUACUCUUUAUCUGAGGGAAAUUGUGUCUCAGUAUAAACAAGA